AUGUUGACUGUUUCUGGCUUAUGGGCACCGAUUGGACUGACGAUCUUGAGUGCAAGUGUGGCUAGUGGAAGUGCCCUUCAUCAUGCUCAAGAUUAUAACGUAUCGAAAAUCAGCCAUGCGACCAUCGCCCCCUCAGCAGCACCUGUUGUAUUUCACAGUACCUCCAGCUGCAGUAACUCGACCAGCAGCGUCCCUUCGACCGUUAUUUCGUACACAACAAGUACGGCCCAUUGUAGUAUUAUCCCAGGCACCACAGUCACUGUAAUUAGCGAUAAGUCCUACACAACUACGCUGGUAUCAACUGUCACAGAGAAGGAGACUGUGGUCCAAAUCGUUACAUACAAGGAAACGGAGGCAGAUACUAGUAUCACCACGACUACGGUUCCCACAACGACGACGACUACCGCUCCCACUACUACAACCACCACUACCCCCACAACUGUAACCUCAAUCACGUCAUUCACUUCAUACAGUACAAUUACUACGACUACGACCCGUAAUUCAUGUGAUGCGACAUGUAGUGUCUAUGCAGGCACUGUUGAACUAUUUUUCUGGCCCACCAACAAUGACUACUCUUACCCGGCUACCUACGUCGACACCAGACUGGAUUACACUUUCGUAUCGCCCUCCGUGUACUACAUGAUCAACACCAUUCACGGAGUCAACAUUUCUAAUGGUGCUGUCGUCGGCCCUUACGCCACUAGCACGAUCUUCGGAUUUGAUCUGGGCGAGGUAUCCACGAUCGUUGGUGGCACCAUCACCCAGCAGCUCACCCUCAACGAUCUCGGUACCGACUGCCCUAGGACGGUUGAUGCUUCAGCCAUCGCGACCUUGGUGGACUCUCGUUGCGACCCUAUUCUCGCGGCGCCAAGCAAGAUCAGGGAGUGGGCCCAGCCCUGCGCUGCCUGCCAGCGUCUUGGUCUCUUCGACCCCCCUUACGCCAUUCCCACCCUGACCGGUGGCCUCGUAGAGACGACCACAGUGGCAGAAACAACCAUCACGCCGGUGACUACUGCAACUACAAAAGCAACAGCUACAGCGGUGCCAAUUACGAUAACUCCUACUACUGUCGCGACAGUCCCAACUUCUACAGCUGCGGAAACUUCCGUCGUAGAAACCACAGCUACCGCGGCACCAACCACAACGGCCAACAGCGCGACCAUAACUGAAAUCCUCAGCAUCGGGCCAUCAGGCGUCGUGAUCGUCAAGGUUUUCAGCGGAACUUCAGUGACUUUGACCAUCCCCGCGGCCACCGGAGCUUCAACCGUUGUAAUCGGAGACCAGACAUACACGCUGCCGGGUAGCCAGUCGAGCACCGCAUCGGCUGUUAUCACAGUGCCAUCUGCCGUCACCUCGGAAACCUCACCCACAAGCAUUCUGGAGUCUUCCAGCUUAGGCGUCUCCGGUUCGCCCACCGCUGGUGCAUCUGGUAGUUCGUCGCUCCCCAGCGCCACGACUACUUCGCCUUCGUCCACAACGUCGUCUACCGACCCUGUGGCGACAGCCGCCGCAUCCAAAGUCAUGGGUGGCUUCACAUAUUUGCUUUCGAGCAUCCUUGUCGCAAUCCUUGCGAUAUAA